GAGGAGAAAAAGGUCAGACUAUGAUGACUGGAGACCAGCCCUGGCCAGCUUGCUUCAACCUAUCCCAUUUCCCAAGGAGGCACUUGCACACGAGAAAUUCACAAAAGAGCUGAAAUACGUGAUUCAGAGAUUUGCAGAAGACCCAAGACAAGAAGUCCACUCAUGUUUGCUGAGUGUGCGGGCUGGCAAAGAUGGUUGGUUCCAGCUCUACAGCCCUGGAGGAGUGGCGUGUGAUGAUGAUGGAGAGCUGUUUGCCAGUAUGGUUCAUAUUCUAAUGGGAUCUUGCUAUAAAACAAAGAAGUUUCUGCUUUCGCUGGCUGAAAAUAAAUUAGGACCUUGCAUGCUGCUGGCCUUGAGGGGUAACCAGACGAUGGUAGAGAUUUUGUGUUUGAUGCUGGAAUACAACAUCAUCGAUAAUAAUGACACCCAGCUCCAGAUCAUCUCUACUCUGGAAAGCACAGACGUGGGAAAGAGAAUGUAUGAACAGCUGUGUGACAGGCAGAGGGAGUUAAAAGAGCUGCAAAGAAAAGGUGGUCCCACGAGGUUAACACUGCCAUCAAAGUCCACAGAUGCAGACCUGGCCCGCUUGCUAAGCUCGGGAUCUUUUGGAAAUUUGGAAAAUCUCAGCCUGGCCUUUACCAAUGUAACAAGUGCUUGUGCUGAGCACCUCAUUAAAUUGCCUUCACUCAAGCAGCUGAACCUGUGGUCAACCCAGUUCGGAGACGCAGGGCUGCGGCUCCUGUCUGAACACCUCACGAUGCUGCAAGUGCUCAACCUGUGCGAGACGCCUGUCACGGAUGCUGGGCUGCUGGCCCUUAGUUCCAUGAAGAGCCUGUGUAGUUUAAACAUGAACAGCACCAAACUUUCAGCAGAUACCUAUGAAGAUCUCAAGGCCAAACUGCCCAACCUGAAAGAAGUGGACGUUCGUUACACCGAAGCCUGGUGAACUCUGCCUGCCUCCGACUCUCUUUUGCUUCUGAUGGGAAGGAAAAGAUUUUUAAAACAAACAAAAGAAAAAACAAACCGGAGAAAUAACUUUUUGGUUAAUUCCUGUAGAGUGGCUGAGCGCUGGGACGUGGUGGGAAGGUCGUGGUGUGAGGCGGAGGAGUUGUGUGUGUCGGGACAUAGCAGGCCUGGACCCGAAUCCUUGCAGCUUUGUGAUUUCGGAAUCAGCAUUAUUUAAAUUGAAAAGGAGAAAAUCUUUAAAAAAAAAAAAAAAAAAAAAAAAGAAU